CAUAUAUCUUCAUCUUCAACACAAGAACCUACUUCAAGUUCAAAACAUAUCCUCCUUCUCAUUUCCUCUUUGAUCCCUUUUUGAUCAUAUCAUGGGUGUUUUCACUUGUGAAACCGAGUUCACCUCCACCAUCCCUCCUGCUAGGCUGUUCAAGGCCUUUGUCCUUGAUGGAGACAACCUCAUCCCAAAGAUCGCUCCUCAAGCCAUUAAACAGGUAGAGAUCCUGGAAGGAGAUGGAGGAGCUGGAACCAUCAAGAAGAUCACUUUUGGUGAAGGGAGUAGCUUUAACUAUGUGAAGCACAGAGUCGAAUCCGUAGACCAAGACAACUUGUCUCACUCCUACACUUUGAUUGAAGGAGAUGCUUUGACAGACAAGCUUGAGAAAAUCUGUUAUGAGACCAAGUUGGUGGCAUCCCCUGAUGGAGGCUCUAUUGUUAAGACUGUCAGCAAGUACUACACUAAUGGUGAUGCCGAAAUCAAAGAAGAGAAUGUUAAGGAAGGAAAAGAGAAGGCAUCUCAGCUGUUCAAGCUCUUUGAGAAAUACCUCAAUGACCACCCUGAUGCAUACAACAACUAAUAAACAUGUUGAAACUAUUUAUGUGUUGGUCAAUUUUCUUUAAAGUAAAAGUCUUCAAUAUUGUUUUGUGAGUUCUGAAUUUCCUCAUGGACUUGCCAAUAAAAGUGAGACAGAGUUGCUUCUUGUUAAUGUUUUUAGUUGGAAAGAUUACAACUAAAAGAUUCUAUGUUUUUUCUCUUAAAAAUAAUGAACCUCUCUCUAUUACUUUCAAA